UCCUCCAAAAUCUACAUGGUGUUGGAGUAUUGUCCGGGAGGGGAGUUAUUUGACUAUAUUAUAGCCAAGGACCGUUUGUCAGAGGAGGAGACCAGGGUGUUUUUCAGACAGAUUGUCUCUGCAUUGGCCUACGUCCACAGCCAGGGCUACGCACACAGGGAUCUCAAACCGGAGAACUUGUUGAUAGAUGGGGACCACAACCUGAAGCUCAUAGAUUUUGGCCUAUGUGCCAAACCUAAGGGAGGUCUGGGUUAUGAGCUGAUGACCUGUUGCGGGAGUCCUGCCUACGCCGCUCCUGAACUCAUCCAGGGAAAAGCGUACAUCGGCUCAGAGGCUGAUGUGUGGAGUAUGGGAGUAUUGCUGUUUGCCCUUCUCUGUGGAUAUCUGCCAUUUGAUGAUGACAACUGCAUGAACCUCUACAGGAAGAUCACGAGAGGCAAAUAUGACAACCCAAGCUGGCUCUCCCCAGGGAGCAUCCUCCUCCUCAACCAGAUGAUGCAGGUGGAGCCCAAGCGUCGUCUGAGCGUGCGACAGCUACUGGAUCAUCCCUGGGUGAUGAAUGACUACAGCAGCCCUGUGGAGUGGCACAGCAAGAAACCGCUGGGCCAUAUUGAUGAGGACUGUAUCACCGAGAUGGCUGUCAGGAUGAAGCGCUCCAAAGAGAGCACUACCCGGCUGGUCAAGGAGUGGCGUUACGACCAGACCACAGCCACCUAUCUGCUGCUGCUGUCCAAGAAGCAAAGAGGCAAGCCUGUUCGCUUCUGCCCUGAGUCAACUAUCUGUGACUUCUCCUCCCGCUCCCCACUACAUCAGGUACUGCAGCCUAAGAAAGCCCUUCACUUUGGUGAGGAUGAGCACGCUUUGGAGUUUGGCGUGGACUAUGAAGACGAUUGCUCCUGGAUCCCACGCUCACAACAUACACCCCAAAGGGUCAGAGGUCAGCCAGAUGGAACGACCCACCUCACCAGCCAUCGAGACGCAUUUUGUGAGAGGUUGGCAUCUCCGUCAACAGAGAACAAGCGAGGCCGUGGCCCUACCCCAGAGAAGAAACCAACUACACCUCACCGCCAAGAAAGGCGCGACAGAGACCACAAACGGACCAAUGAGAACAAGGAGAAUAUUGGCGUCCCAGAGAAAGAUGUGGAAAUUUUCGCCCUGCCUGCUCCCCGAACCCCUGCAUCCAGUAAGAAGAAAACACACUCCAACAAGAAUGUGUUGACUACCCCGACCCAAGAUCCUGUUAAUGGCACCAAAACCAAUGGAGUCACACCAAAAGGUGGAGGCAGUGCUUCUAAAGAGCAGAGCAGAAAGAAAGGAGCGGUUACUAAGGAGGAUGUCGAGAUCAACUUCCUGGCCUUCAGUCCUGAGAGGAGGUCUCGGUCCCUGGACAUGGCCACCGCUGGAGACAGCGGGCAGAAGAAGAGAGCUGGGAAGAUGUUUGGUUCUCUGGAGAGAGGACUUGACAAAGUCCUCACCAUGCUCACCCCCAGCAAGAGACGAGGCCUACGCGAGGGCCCGCGCAAGAUCAAGGCACAAUACAAUGUGACUUUGACCAGUCAGACCAACCCAGACCAGGUCCUAAACCAGCUCCUCUCCAUCCUGCCUGAGAAACAUGUUGACUUCACACAGAAAGGCUAUACCAUAAAAUGCCGUACCCAGGGGGACUUCGGCAAGGUGACCAUGGUGUUUAAGUUGGAGGUCUGCCUCCUGCAGAGGCUUGAGGUGGUGGGGGUUUGCCGCCAGAGGCUGAAGGGAGACGCCUGGGUCUACAAGCACCUGGUGGAGGACAUCCUAGCCGCCUCCAGUAUCUAGCAGGUCAUGGAUUGGCACUCUCUAUUUAUGGCAUUAAUUUUUCAGCGGCAUCAAGACCCCAGCC